AUGGCUGAUUGGACGAACGAAAUGUCGAUUAAAUUUGUGGAGUUAUACCAAACAGAAGAGAUUUUAUGGAAUGCAAAGCAUCGUAAUCAUAAAGAUAAGGCAAAAAUUAAUGACGCAUGGUGCAGAAUUAGCAAGAUUUUGAAUAUACCCAUAGAAGAUUUGAAAAAUAAAAAAAAUUCAAUUAUGGCUACAUUUCGGGGCCAUUUGAGAAAGAAAAAAGCGUCCAUUAAAUCAGGAGCCGGCCAGAACGAUAUUUAUCGACCAAUAUGGUUUUUAUAUGAUCAAAUGGAAAGUUUUCUUGGAAAACUAAACGAUUGCAACGUGACAUUAAAUACUGAAGAGGGAAACAUUUCGCAAAUAACUGACCAGGAAACAUUAGACAAUGAUAACGGCAAUGAAUUUAAUUCUCCUAACAAUAUAACUAGUCAACCAACACAAGAAAAUAUCCAGAUACAACGACCAACAUCUCGCCGGCGAGGAAAUCCUGAAGUUGAAGAGGCUGGGAGACAAAUGAAGAGGGCGUUUAAUACCUUAGAAAGUGUUUUAAAUAAAAAACACGAAGACGAUGAGUGUGAUUUAUAUGGAAGGAUACUUGCAAACAAAUUACGUAAGUUGCCGGAAAACGAACGACAACUUUUUAUGUACGAUAUCGAUGGAAUGUUUGUUCAACGCUAUCAUCGGCUUAAUAAUCCCUUGUUAUCUUCACUACAGCCUACAUUUUCUCGAGCAUUCUCUACAGGAAUGAAUACUGCAAAUGAAUCAUCAUCUACUGUAACUUCUUAUUCUGAUUCGCCAUGUACACCACUUUCAAUACUUAUUCCAGAACAACCUUUAACGACAUAUUCUACUUAUUCAAAUUCAAAUACACCAAGUAAUACUUCAAACCAAUCGACAUGCUCUAACUCUCAUAUUCAAAAUAUAGUGGAUACAGCUUAUUACACUGCUGUUGGUAAUUAUGAAGAAAGUAACAACCAGUGA